AAUUGGCUAGGAGCCAAAAAUCUCACCGCCGGGAGGAAGUUGCGAAGGAGGAGAGUUGAGCUUCUGUGUCUUCGUCGGACAUUCUACCGCCCCUCAUUUUCUCUGUCUCCAUACCAUCUGAAGUAAAUUCUCUCACUCGUACGGUUCAAGCGGCAUGGACCAGGCGGAGUUAACUGUAGAACAAGUUCUGAGGAGGGAUAUCCCAUGGGAGACGUAUAUGAACACUAAGUUGAUCUCAGGCACAAGCCUUCAGCUCUUAAGGCGUUAUGAUCACAAAUCACAAAGUCAGAGAGCACAGUUAUUGGACGAUGAUGGUCCGGCUUAUGUACGUGUGUUUGUUCAUGUUUUGCGUGAUAUACAUAAAGAUGAGACUGUGGAAUAUAUUCUGGCCUUAAUAGAUGAAAUGCUUACAGCAAAUCCAAAAAGAGCGAGGCUGUUUCAUGAUAAAUCCCUAACAGAUGAUGAUGCCUAUGGACCUUUCUUAAGAUUGCUUUGGAAAGGAAAUUGGUUCAUACAAGAGAAAAGUUGUAAGAUCCUUGCUUCUGUAGUUAGUGCGAGGCCAAAAAAUCAGGAUAGCAGGGUUGCAAAUGGAGAAGCAUCAAAAUCAAAGAAGCCAUUUAUUACUAUUGAUGAUGUUUUAAAGGAACUGGUAAAAUGGCUCUGUGAACAGCUGAGGAACCCUACUCAUCCUAGUCGUGGUGUGCCAACUGCUAUCAACUGUUUAUCAGCUCUUCUUAAGGAGGCUAUGGUUAGAUCUUCCUUUGUUCAGGCAGGUGGGGUCAAGUUGCUUGUACCUUUGAUUUUACCAGCAUCCACCCAACAGUCUAUUCAGCUCCUUUAUGAAACAUGUCUCUGCAUAUGGCUCUUAUCCUAUUAUGAGCCAGCAGUUGAAUAUCUGGCUACUUCAACAGCCCUUCCCCGACUUAUUGAGGUUGUUAAGAGUUCUACUAAAGAGAAGGUUGUUAGAGUAGUAAUCUUAACCCUGAAGAACUUGCUGUCAAAAGGGACAUGGGGUGCUCAAAUGGUUGACCUCCAGCUGCCGCAAGUUGUUCAGAGUUUGAAAGCACAGGCAUGGAGUGACGAGGACUUGUUGGAAGCGCUGAAUUACCUGGAAGAAGGGCUUAAGGACAACAUUAAGAAACUUAGUUCUUAUGAUAAAUAUAAGCAAGAAGUUCUCCUUCGCAAACUGGAUUGGUCUCCCAUGCACAAAGAUCCUAUAUUUUGGCGAGAAAAUAUCACCAACUUUGAAGAAAAUGACUUCCAGAUUUUAAGGGUCCUGCUAACAAUUUUAGACACGUCCCAUGAUCCAAGAAGCCUGGCUGUUGCAUGCUUUGACCUUUCACAAUUCGUCCAACAUCAUCCUGCUGGGAGAAUCAUAGUGACAGACCUUAAAGCCAAGGAACGGGUGAUGAAACUGAUGAAUCAUGAGAACACUGAAGUCACUAAAAAUGCACUGCUCUGCAUCCAACGGCUCUUCCUAGGUGCGAAGUAUGCAAGCUUUUUGCAGGCUUAGUUCUGUUAUGUGUUGGUGACGUAUCCAUUCAAUUCCAUCCCCUCUACGAUCUCGCUGUGAAUGGUUGUUAGAGGGCACUCUUGUGUAAAAGGGUUUUAUCUAUUUAUUUAUUUAUUUUUCUUCGGGAGUAAUAUAUUUUAUUGGCCAUCGAAGCCUAAUGUCGAAGCUGUGCUAUUCAAAUUCAAAUGUUGAAUAAAUGAGGUAAGUUUGUACUCGAAGUUGGGUAUGUGGGUAAUUUCAAGUCACGCCUUGUUUGGAAAAUAUUGGCCAAUUAAAUCGUUCGGUCAGUUUGAGCUGACUGGAUCUGCCAA